GUGGCAGUGGGCUGGUCCUGAGCAGCUCGAGAGAGAGAGAGAGAUUGAGAUAGUUUGGAGACGAAGUCUGGACACGAAUUCCACUGGUCUUGCGUCCCUAAUUUAGAGAAGUGUAUGCGUGGAAUUCCGCGAGGAACUGAGACUAAACUAACUGUCUCGAGUGGUGAACUCGCUUCAGGACAGGUGGAAUCCCCUGCGGGCAGCGCGAGAGUAGUGAAAGUUAGAGGAUCUUUUUAUUCGAUGAGUGCGUGGAGAAAUGCCAGUAUCAGUUUGCUUUACACGAGAAGAACACGGGAUAUCAACUUAUCCAUUCGGCGCAUGUUUCGGUGUAGGAAUUCGGGAACCGUCUGAAGUGCAUUGGAUUCAGUUUAUAACUGAGAAGUGCUGCUCUCAUUUCACUUGACCGUGGCCACCGCGCGCGUUUUAAAGGGUGUUAGUUGAAAAGCCAAAAUCAUGACAAGUAGACGAAACGGAAAUCCUUCUAUAUUCUGGGUUUGAUGGACCGACAUGACAAUAAUGGAAUGAUAGCCUAACAUUUAACAAAAAGGAGGGGCAGAGAGAGAGAACACACAAUGAAGGAGAAAUCCAAAACUGCCGCAAGGACUAGACGGGAAAAGGAGAACAGUGAAUUCUAUGAACUGGCCAAAAUGUUACCUUUACCCUCGGCUAUCACGUCUCAGCUGGACAAAGCGUCUAUAAUACGACUGACAACAAGUUAUCUGAAGAUGAGAAUUGUCUUCCCUCAGGGUUUGGGUGAAGCUUGGGGUCACACGAGUCGAACGAGAUCUUUGGACAAUGUAGGACGUGAGCUGGGAUCCCAUCUUCUCCAGGUUGGAUCCCACAUUCUCCAGACAUUGGACGGCUUCAUCUUUGUUGUGGCGCCGGACGGAAAGAUCAUGUACAUAUCCGAGACGGCAUCGGUCCAUUUGGGACUCUCUCAGGUAGAGUUGACCGGGAACAGUAUUUACGAAUACGUUCACCCCGCCGACCACGACGAAAUGACUGCCGUUCUCACUCCACAUCAGCCGUACCACUCACAUUUCGUCCAAGAAUGCGAGAUGGAGCGCUCUUUCUUCUUGAGGAUGAAAUGUGUGCUGGCGAAGAGAAACGCCGGCCUCACCAGUGGUGGAUAUAAGGUGAUCCACUGCAGCGGUUACCUAAAGAUCCGUCAGUACAGCCUGGACAUGUUGUCUUUCGACGGCUGCUACCAGAACGUGGGCCUGGUGGCAGUGGGACACUCUUUGCCUCCCAGCGCCGUGACAGAGAUCAAGCUGCACAGCAACAUGUUCAUGUUCAGAGCCAGCCUCGACAUGAAUCUAAUCUUCCUCGACUCGAGGGUGGCAGAGCUGACUGGUUACGAGCCCCAGGACCUCAUUGAGAAGACCCUGUACCACCACGUCCACAGCUGUGACACCUUCCACCUGCGUUGUGCCCACCACCUGUUGCUGGUGAAGGGCCAGGUGACCACUAAGUACUACCGCUUCCUAGCCAAACAGGGAGGCUGGGUGUGGGUGCAAAGCUACGCCACCAUUGUCCACAACAGCCGCUCCUCCAGACCCCACUGCAUCGUCAGCGUCAACUACGUUCUUACAGAUACUGAGUAUAAGGGAAUGCAGCUGUCCUUGGACCAGAUGACCCCUAGCAAGCCGGCGUUCCACUACAACAGCCCUCCGAGUAGUACAGAGGAGAGGAAGGGGACCAAGUCCCGUAUGACACACACCAAGGCCAAAAUCAGAGUGUCUCCCUACCCACAGCAGUUUUCAGCCUUUCAACCCGAGCGUUCCGAGUCCGACCAGGACAGCCAAUGGGGAGGCAGCCCUCUGACAGAAUCUGCCUCCCCUCAGCUGCUGGACCAAGGUGAGGGAGCGGAGGGCGGGGCCUGUGCCUACAGACUCUACCCUGACUCCGGCUCCCUCUGCUAUGGCCUGGCUCUCUCCGAGGAGGACCUCACGCACAGCCACACCCACUCCCACCAUCCUGCCACUGCCUGCGACAGCGGUGCCCACUGCCAGGCUGGCCGUUACUUCCUGGGCGCUGCUCCCCAAUCUGGACGGGAGGCCUGGUGGGACGCAACACGCUCCGUCCUCUCCCUGCCCAAGUCAUCUUUGGAGAAUGGCGAGGGCUACGACCUCGCUUCCUACCACAGCGUGGUCCAUGGAAGGGGUCACUGGGACGAAGAGAGCGUGGUCAGCUCACCGGAAGGGGGCGGAGGCUCCACCAGUGACUCGGGCGAGCGUUGCCGCGAUGGCACUGGCAGUGACCAUUUCCGGGCGAGUCCUCAGGAGCCCAGCAAGUUGGAGACUCUGAUCCAUGCCACGCAGCACAUGAUCAAGGAGGAGGAGAGCCGUUUGCAGAUGCGCAAGGGGCCACUGGACGCCCUGGGCCCAGUGGGGGGCCCCUCCAACAACAGCCACAGCCCCUGCUCCUUCACUUCCUCCGCCCCGCCCAUCCCUCAGGCCGCCAUGCCUGGCGUGGUGUGCCGCGGGCCGGGGGUCGCCAACGGCAUCAACCUCACCCUCACCUCCGAGCGCCUCUAUCCCCGCGAUGAUGGCGGCAAGGUUUUGGAUUCCCACGGAAACAUCGACAACAACACAGCCAGUCCGGCGUCUCUGUCGCGCCUCAGCAGCCCCAGCACCGAUGGGAUCCCCAGGUCCGGCCCGUCUGUCUCAAAAGACUACCUGCAGGGUCAGACAGACGUCUCGCCCCACCACCACCCUCUAGGGCAGCAGGGGAGCCCACUGCUUUACCAGGCCCAGGAGAUGCAGCCCCUGGACAGGCAUGCCGCCUACGCCCUGACCGGCUACUCCCAGGUGCACCUGUAUGACGCAGAGAGCCUGAGGAACUACUCGGGGCUGGGCUGCGGAGGGGCUCAGUACGACAUGGGGCCCCACAUGAGGAUGCAGGCCGAUCAGAUGCAAGUACACAAGGGCACAUCAGUGAUCAUCACCAAUGGGAGCUGACCAUACAUAACGGACAGACCAAUCCUAGUGUCUCAAUGAUGGAGUGUAUAUGUGGGACUUUAGAACUGAAUCCUCCUCAUACAGUUCGGUCUUUUCUUUUUGUUUCUUUUUUUUGCGCCUGGCAUAGGACUUAGGAUAUUCCCCAUAACACCGGUUUGUUCUGUUACACUUCACGGUGCCCUUGAGAGCCCAGACCCAACAAGCAAAGCUGGUUGCAAUGAUGUCAGGCUGGCAGCUUUUGUUAUGCCUUAAUCAAGUUAUAUAAGGUAAUUCUUUUAAUGCCUUUUUACCGACCAGAAAAAUGUGUCUUGACCUGGUUGUAAUUUGGUUACCUACUGAAAUUGUAACCAAAAUAUGACAUCAUUAAAAAGACAUCUUAACUUGUCAUCUUGUUAUCUGACGUCUUCAAACCAGUUUACAACCAGAAACUGACGUAAGUAUGACGUCUCAUGCCAAAUCUUGCCCUCUGGGCAAUUGAAUUCCUCCCCUGCAUUGAACUGAGACGCUGCAGAAUGACUAUUCAAGUUUUCAGUGAGUUUUCAGCUUGGUUAAAGAUAAACCCAAUGUUUUAGUCCCAACAUAGUGUCAUGCACCAGUAAGUAGGCCUAUCGGAGUGAACUCUCACAUUUUCUCAUGGUAGUAGACAAUAUGCAAUUCAAUUGCAUAUACCCGCUUGACCUCAAAACUGAUUUAGUAUUGCUUAACUUUCUCACAAAUACUUAAAUUGUAUUUCUUUUAAUUAAAUGCCAAUGUUUUUCCAUAUUUAUUAAUUGUGUCGAAUAAAAUUAUUUUUAUUUAAUCUCAUUUUUGCAGUCAAAGUACAACGUUUGGUGGCAGGGUUGCUUUAGUUUCAAAGUUUGCAUUAUCUGUGUACCCCUUUGAAGGAUUAUAUAUUAUUUGCCCAACUUCCCCUGUUAGUAGAAUUCCUAAAAGGAUACUGUGAGAUUCUGGCAAUUAAGCAGUUUUUCUGCUUACCCCUAAUGUACCUGUAGACUUCCAGUCACUGCGCUAGUUAGCAUUGGUUCGAGAAACUACCUCUAACUUCCUUCUUACUGCACGCAGAGGCACAAAAAAUGUACACACAAGUUCAUUUGACUCUGUAAGUCAAAGAAUUCAUAGACAGAAUCUCGCAGUAUUCCUUUAAAGAAUUACAUCAAUGUGUAUCACUUUAAACUUCUGGUGCUUCAUGUGUUUGAAUUGAGAAAAUAAUAUUGUUUCUGUUUCACUUUUUGUACCCCCGAAAAUAUGUAAAGUAUCUCUUGUCUAAUUUUAUUUAUGAAGUAAAUAUGUUCAGAAAUUGCUUUCUUUUUUUUUUUGGGACCACAGCUCAUAAGAGUAUUUAUUAACUGGGGAUAAAAAAAAAUCUUUUGAUUCCAAAUACAGGUGCAAUCAAACCCUCUUUUUGAUGUUGUGGUUUUAAUUUAGUCUUUCAUGUGUGGGAGGACUCGGUUUGAUCAAACGAGUGGAUACGACUUGUUACAUAACACUUUGAGCAGCCUUGCACUGCUGUAAAAGCCACUUUUGAAGCUGCA